AAAACGUGUAAUUUUGCUGUUUUGGGUUAUAAAUCGGUUUCAAACAAAAACAAUUCAACUACCUUCAGUAGUUAGCUAUGGCUUCAUCACUCCAAUGGCUUCCCAAAAUCCGAAACUUCAUUAUCGCCCCUGUCGCACUACAACGAGCUUUAACCGCCGCUAACCACCGUCACCGUCACCGCCACCGCCACCGCCACACAGCCGUCGCAUCCGCUUGUCAAUCUAUGUCUACUCUCAAUUCUGUACGGCAUGAGGAAUAUGGUCGGUUGCUUCCGUGCCCUUCUGAGAAUGUUCUACCGAGGAACAUUGAACACUUGGUUGUUAGAGAAGAAGGACCUGUUCUUGACUUCAUUGCCAAAGCUUUGGAUCUUCCACCUUUGUAUGUUGCAGAUCUUAUUCAUUUUGGAGCGGUUCACUAUGCACUUGUAUGCCCAAAGCCUCCGUUAACUGCCACCUCAGAGGAAAUCAAGUUAUACAAAGAAUUUACUAAACCAUCGGUCCUAAGAAAGAGACCUUCAAUCAAAGGAAAAACCGUAAGAGAGGCACAAAACACAUUCAGGGUUACCCAACCUGAUCAGUUGGUUGAAGCAGGAACGUAUGUGAGGGUUCAUGUGCGCCCAAAACGGUUUCCAAGAUGCUAUGAAGUUGACUGGAAAUCCAGAAUAAUUGCUGUGACAGAGUCCUACGUUGUUCUCAACAAGCCUGCUGGCACCUCGGUAGGUGGAACUACAGACAACAUUGAAGAAACUUGUGUAACUUUCGCCACCCGUGCGUUGGAAUUAACCACUCCGUUAAGGACGACUCAUCAGAUCGAUAAUUGCACCGAAGGCUGUGUUGUGCUAGCUAGAACUAAGGAUUACUGUUCGGUUUUUCAUAGAAAGAUCAGGGAGAAACAAGUGAAGAAGCUUUAUCUUGCACUUGCUGCUGCGUAUGUGCCAUGCGGAGUCAUGACUCAUUACAUGCGGCCAUUUAGAAAGUCCCCUAAAAUUAUAUCCGAACACUUUAUUAAGGGAUGGAACGUGUGUCAACUUGAAGUCCUAGAAUGCAGGAGAGUUCCGUGGCCAGAGGCUUUAGUUGAAGAGAAAUAUGGAAUCGAGAAUAUUGAUUGGCCUAAUAAAGAAUUUGCAUAUGAGUGCAAAGUCAACCUGUUGACCGGACGUACCCACCAGAUACGAGCUCAACUGGCAGGGUGUGGUGCACCAAUAGUGGGUGAUUCGAUGUAUAUGCCGGCUGUAAUGGCAGAGUUAGCCAGUUCGGGGCUAAACCCGUUUGGGAAGUACGGUAAGCAAUUUGAAAGUGAGGCAGAGAGAGAAUUGGCUGCUGAAGAAUGGGCUGCAAAACAUGGGAAGGAACCUAGGCUGGCUAUUGCCCUGCAAGCUUGUCAGAUUUCAUGGGAUGAAGGUGACCAUUUCUAUGAGGCUGGACCUCCUUGGUGGGCCCAGUAGAAACUAAAGAAGUUCGUUUCUGUCGUAUGUGAACUACUUCGGCCAAGGGAAGGGCAAAACCGUACUUUUACACAAUCGCUGCACUGCCUGUUGGAAAAAAAAAGUGGUGUCGAAGAGUUUCAGAGAGCAUGGUAAGUUGCCAAACGAUGUGUUUCGAUUUGACACAUAGAGCGGAUUAUUGUUUGGCGGGGUCAAACGGGCCGGGUCACUUGGACGGACUUGUAAAAGCUUUUUUAUCCUUUACGGUUUACUUUUAUAGAUAAUUGUUAUUCUAAAUAUCAUUGCAACAUUACAUUAUUAUAAUAAAGCUAUUGUGGAUGUUCUAUGCA